AUGCCAAACAUCGUGGUUUUGGGUGCUGGCGUCUCCGGACUGACAACAGCCUACCUUCUCUCAAAGGAUCCGGCGAACAAGAUCACAGUUCUGGCUAAACACAUGCCCGGCGACUAUGAUAUUGAAUAUGCUUCUCCCUGGGCUGGUGCCAAUUACAUGCCGGUGGGUAAGGAGGGUUCUGACCAUGAACGUUGGGAGCGAGAGACCUGGCCCUACCUGAAGGAGAUCACAGAGAAGUACCCAGAGGCCGGAAUUCACUUUCUCGGCACUCUCAUCUACAAUCGUAAAAAAGAUCAAGAGUCGGAUACCGGUAAAUGGUUCGCGGAAUUGACCCAGCCAGACCCCUGGUACAAAGACGUUGUGCCUGAUUUCAAACCAAUUCCCGACGAGAAGCUGGCUCCAGGGGUCGAUAAUGCGCAGGAGUUCACGUCCGUUUGUAUUAAUACUGCCAUCUACCUGCCCUGGCUGGUCGGCCAGUGCGUCAAAACCGGAGCGGUGUUCAAGCGAGCUGUGAUCAAACAUAUUGCCGAUGCUGCAAACGAGCACCAUACCGGCCAAAAGGCUGAUCUAAUUGUUAACUGUACUGGUCUGUCGGCCAAGACCCUCGGAGGCGUCAUGGACAGCAAGAUGCACCCUGCCCGGGGUCAGAUUGUAGUUGUCCGCAAUAAUCCCGGUCCCAUGGCUUCUGUGUCCGGGACGGAUGACGGAGAGACCGAAUGCGUGUACAUUAUGACCCGUGCUGCAGGUGGUGGCACUAUCUUGGGAGGUUCUUAUCAGAAGCACAAUUGGGAUUCCCUACCCGACCCCAACCUCGCUAAUCGAAUAAUGAAGCGUGCUAUCGCGUUGGCUCCUUCUUUGGUCAAGCCUGGUCAGGGCAUUGAGGGUCUUGAUAUCAUCCGACAUGGCGUUGGCCUACGACCUCUGCGCGAGGGUGGCACUCGCAUUGAGAAAGAUGAGGUCAAUGGUGUCAAGGUCGUCCAUAACUAUGGACAUGGUGGGUUUGGAUACCAAGCCUCCUUUGGUUGCUCGGUAGAGACCGUGGCACUGGUCAAGGAGGCACUGCAGAGCGGACCCCGAGCCAAGCUUUGA